AUGGAUACAAACAACCCAACCCAAGAUUUAGAAAAAAAACAAAAAAAGAAGAAAAGUUUAUUUGAAAAAAUAGGUUUAUCAAAAAAAAAUAAAGAUGAAUCAAAGGAAGAUAAAGUAAAAGAAAAAGAAAAACAUAAAAAAGAAAAAGAGAAAGAAAAGGAUAAAAUUAAAGAGGAUAAAUUAAAAGAAAAAGAAAAGGAAAAAGAAAAAGAGAAAGAGAAAGAAAAGGAAAAAGAAAAGGAGCCACUAUCAACACCAAAUGAUUCAGAUAAAUCAAAAUCACAACCUCAAGCUGUAGGUAGCACUUCACCAUUAAAUGAUACAGAUAAUAAUAAAUCAACAUCCCCAACAACCACAACUACUAGUACUACUAUUACAGAUGAUCUUAAGCAUAAAGAAAAAUCACCAACAGCACCAAUAACAAUAACUAAUAAAAAACCACCAUCACCAGAGAAAUCAUCACCAGAAAAAUUAUCACCUACAAACCAACCAUCAAUCGUAGUUUCGCCAGAAAAGGCCUCAUCGUCUCCAACAGAAAAGAUUUCUCCACCAGCAAAAUUAUCCAGUUCACAGGAAACCCCAACAAAAAAUAUACCACCAUCAAGUAACAAACCAACUCCAGGCAAAAUUCAAUCACCAUUUCAUAAUAAUACAAAUAACAAUAGUAAUAUUAAAACUGACUCACCAACUGGAAACAAAAUAUCAUACAGAAACUCAAUUGCAGUCCAACCAAAUAGAGGUAAUAGUCCAUUAAAAGGAAAUUCAGAAUUUGCAAAUAGAUUAUCAAUGUUAAUAGGGCAACCACCCUUACCAAUAGGUGGUGGUAGUAGCGGAGCUUCAGUUAAUGGUGGUGCCACCGGCUCAUCUGGUGGAUCAUCAGAAAAACCAAAGGAUGAAAAUAAUUUAGCCUCUCCAUCACAACCAAAAGAAUUGACCCAUCUCACAAAAGAUAGAGUUAAAAGAUUAAGCGUUAAACCACCAUCAAGACGUGUUACUAUUGCCCACCAACAAACUCCCUUCGAUUUUUCAGACAUGCAAAAACUCGACGAUGAAUAUGCUUUGGUUAGCAAAAAAGAUAAUGCAAAUACAUCAAAUGAAAGUAAUAGUAAUCCAGUGAUUCAAACAACAAAUGUUGAGGUUGAAACUAAAGUUAUCGAAGAAAAAUCAGAUAGGGUCGAAGAAAAAUUAGUUAUUGAAGAGAAAAUAACAGUUGUUGAGGAAAAGAAACCAAUCGAGACCAAACCAAUUGUGGUCGAAGAGGAUAAAAAAGCAGUUGAUGAAAUUAAACCAAUUGUUGUCGAGGAGGAUCUUAGUACAGUUGUUGAAAAAGAAGAAAAAAAAUCAUUUAUUUUUGACCCAGUUGAAGAAACCAAACCAGCCAUUGAAACCCAAUCAGCUAUCGAUAUUAAACAAGUUGCAGAGGAAGAGAAGAAAUCAGAUGAAAUAAAACCGGUUGAAGAAACUAAACCAAAAGAUAAGGAGGCAACCGAAAAAAUUAAGCCAGUUAUUGAGGAAACCAAACCAUUAGAACCAGUUAUAGAAAAUAAACCAGUUACUGAAAUUAAACCAUCUGAACCAGCUAUUGAAGUUAGACCAUCUGAACCAAUUGGUGAAAUUAAACCAUCUAAACCAGUUACUAAACCAAUUGAAAGUGUUGAAAAUAAACCAGUUAUUGAAAGUAGCCCAACUGAAAAGAAAGAAGGUGUCAAAUCAACAAAGAAUAUAACUAUUCCAGUAUUAAAAACUUCACCUAAUACAAAUGAAAAAACAAUUUCACCAAAACCAACUACAACACUAUCUCCCCCAUCUUUAACAUCCCCAUCAAGUCAAACUUCUGUAUCACCACGUUCAAUAACAAAGGUAUCAUCAUCAUCAACACCAUCAUCAACACCAUCACCAACAAAUUCAUUAUCACCAUCAAAUAGUACAAGUACAGCAUCAGUCUUAGUUAAACCAGUUUCACCACGUGUAACCACCUCUGCUAGUGUAAAUAAGCCCACCACUGUCUCACCACGUCCUGUUGUUUCUACAGCAUCGACAAACAGUAACAAGAUAUCACCAUCAACAUCAACAACAUCAGUUCCAGUAACAACCACCUCAACUGCAAGCACAAUAUCACCACGUUCAAAUAAUACUACUGUUUCAACAGCAACAGCAACUAAACCAAAUAAUAAAACAUCACCAACUAUUGUAUCAACAUCAACAGCAGUCCCAAAACCAGCAGCAAUCAGUUUGAAUAAACCAGCAGCAACUAAUAUAAACAAACCAGCAGCCACCAACAUAAAUAAACCAGCGGCCACCAAUAUAAACAAACCAGCAGCAACCAAUAUAAACAAACCAGCAGCAGUAGCUAAUACAAAUAAACCAGCAGCAGCAAUAUCAACCAAUAAUAGUACUAAUACAAACAAAUUAUCAGUACCAAUUAAUAAACCAAACUCACCACCAAGUCCAUCUUUUAAAUCAACAGCAGCUAUUUUUUCACAACCAGUUCCACCUUUAAAUAAAUCACCAAAUAAUGGCAGUGCACCAAACAAAAUUGUUUCACCAUUCUUAACAUCCACUACCUCUGUAAAUAAUAACAAAACUAAUGGUAAUACAACUAAUAAUAUAGAUAAUACUAAUAAUGAUAAAAAUAAUGAUAAUAGUAAUAUAAAUAAAAAUUUAAAUGUAAAUAAUAUUAAUAAUAACAUCAAUCAUAAUAUUUCUAGAGUUAGUCCAAAGUCCCAAAGAAAAGACGAUUUAGAAAAAUUAAUAGAACAGGAUAGAAAUAAAGCUUCAGCAGAAUCUUAUCAAAGUGAAGACUUUUCUGAAGAUUUUGAAUUAAGAAUCGAAAGGAAACCAACAACAUCAAGUGAUAAUAGCAAUGGCUUUGUUUCUCAAAAUUUAAAAGAAAAAGACGUUUUAACGAUAUAA